AUGCCUUAUUACAACGAGGAAAAUCUAGACGAACCUGAUCCUGUCUGUGAAAAUGACGACGCGAAGACGAUCCAGAUGGACUCACCUGAAUUCUGGAAAGCCUGUGAAACUUUCAGAAUCAACGAGUCGAACGCCAGACAAAGCGAAAAUGGUUUCGACAGUAAUCCACUUAUUGUCGAAUCCGAUACCCUCACUUACAAAGCUUUCGAAUCUCUCCAAGCUUCGCAUAAGAUGCGAUACUUUGACAUAUUGAGAGCUGCUUCAACUAGUUGGGCAGCUUUCGAAAAAUCAUGUCCUCGGCUUGACAAGUUCGUGUUUCAGCAUUAUGACAACAAUAACUAUCUCUCUUGGGAUGGCCUCAGUCUCUCUCUACAAGAUAAUGUCAAACAGAGAUGGAGUUUAAGUGAGGCUCCGUCACCCGUUUCGGCAUCGACACAUGAAGAUGGAAACACGGGGAGUCUAGUUCACUGGUACGAUGACGACCUACGAUGGGAUUCUGCCAACAUGCGAGAUGAACUGAAGCCUUAUCGCUCCCCCCCCCCCCCAUUCAUUUUCCGAUAG